UUAUCAGUAAGGCUGAAUUGUUCUAGUAGGGACGUUGGUGUACAAUAUUCUCUGUGUUGGAAACUAACUGUGACAACUGUGAAGGAGAAUACGAAAUUAUAAAUUUUAAAAUUAUUGUCAAAAUAAUUGCUUUAAUGCAAUAUAUGGGAUUUCUUAAUGAUUUAACUGUGAACUUUUUUUUGUAUGCGUGUUGUUUACAUUGCGGAUAUCUGACGGACAUUUAUAUCUAACUUUCAGGAUUAAAGGAAUAUUAUAGCUGAGUAUAUUGGAUGGUUCUUGCUGCUCUGCUAGGUGGUAAUUUAGAUCAGACAACUGAAGUUUGAGAGGUUAUCAAGAGUUGUUGACUUUGGAGGAAAUCUUCAUCCUUGGAGAAAGUAACAAACCUAAGGUUGUAAACUAAAUUGAAAAAUAAAAGUACUCAGAUUUGCUGACUUCGGUAAAGAUUUUCAGCAUAAGGGGACAACAGACUAAAGGUUCAAGUUUCAUGUACAUCUGCUAGCUGUGACAUCUGAUACAUGUAUAGGAAGAUUUUUUAUGAGGAAAUCCAAGAUAUUUGUUAGUUCCUUGUGGGCAUCUGCUACAGAAAAUCCAGAAUAUAUCGUGAAGGAUUCUGCCAGUAACGGGAAGGGAUUUGAAAGCGAGGAUGCCUGUUAGGAAGCAAGUGGAACCACUUACUUAUGUUUAUGGGGAUAAGAUAUACAAAGUCUGAAGAAAAAAAAGCGUUUUGAACGGGAUUAAACAUACUCAAGCCAUAUGGUGGACUUUUGGUUAGGUAUACGUCCUAGAUUGAUAAUAUAAACAGUUGGUGCAUUCAGUAUAUGAAAAAAAUGUGUUUCCGAGAAAAAACGGAUUAACUAGAGGAGAAAAUCUUUAUUAUCAGAAUUAUUUGAUUUUUUUUACAUUUGCUGUUUUGUUGUUCUCUGAUGAGAGUAUAUCAGCACUUUCGAACUGUAAACUGACGUUAGCAAAUUAAAUUAUCCGAAAACUUUAGUAGUACUCUAGCACAUGGAAGAGUGUGAGGGAAAUUGGUUGCAGAAAAUGGAACCGAAUUACUCAGAAUUACUGGGUCUGGUAAUGUGAACUCCAAUACAAAUGCAGGCAUCAAUAUGGUGUUUUGUGUUUAUGAGAAAAUAGGUCAUUUUGUGUCAUAAUUAUUGUGGAAAUUGCUCUCUGCUGAAAGCUAGGAUAUUGCAUGGAAAGGAGGAAAAAACGGAAUAUCUCAUGACAGGUUGAUGGAUUAAAAUGAAGAUUUUAGAAAUUCGGAAUAAUUUGAAAUUGGAUCAGUAGCAGUGAAAAUGAGGUUUAGGAAUAAGAUAUUCCACAUUUUAGGUGUGCUAGGUUUGGCAGCAAUAUGUGGGAGCGUUAUCACGGAAGGAGUUUUUCCACAUUAUCGCCCUGAUGUAUUUAUGGAUGGGAUAGUGCACGAAAGGAUAUUAGGAAGUGACGUUAGAGCACAUAGAUUUGAACUCAAUCACAUGGUAGUCACAGAAUGGGGUCGUGUUUUCAUAGGUGCAGUAAAUAGGAUAUAUGAAUUUGAUUCCAAUUUAGGCCUUCUAAGUGAAGUAGAAACAGGGCCCGUUAAUGACAGUCAAAAAUGUCUUCCAGGAUUUAAUGAGGUCGAAUGCAGUUUUUUCAAAACUAUGACUGAUAAUUACAACAUGGUUUUGAUACAUUACAAAGGUCUCAAAGAAAAACUACUAACAUGUGGUAGUGUCUAUCAAGGGGCAUGUGAAGCGCGUAAUCUAAAAAACAUUUCCCGUUCACAUGCAUAUUAUGAGUCAGAUAGUGGCACUCUGUUAGACUAUGCAGUGGCGGCAAAUGAUCCAAAAUCUUCAACUGUUGCUUUUAUCGCUCCUGGGCCCCCUGACUUACAGACAGAAGUCCUUUAUGUUGCUACAACUUUUUCUGGCCGAAAUACUGAUGUAAUUACCAAGCAACUCCGAGGCCUGGUCCCCGCUAUCAGUACAAGAAGUCUUGGUCGAAAUAGGUUCCAGUUAUUUGAAAAAACGGACAGUAUCCAAGGGAAACUCUCAGGAAUUUAUAUAAAAAAGAAUGUCAGGUCGGAUUAUUUGAUAAAAUAUAUAACUGGUUUUAGUUCUAGCAUAUAUAGUUAUUUUCUUACCCAACAGUAUGAGUCGCCACUAGCAACCAAAAGUGAUUCAAAAAUUAUUUCAAAAGUGAUACAAAUAUGUCAAGAAGAUACGUAUUAUUAUUCCUAUAUUGAUAUGCCGUUAGUCUGUCGCUCACAAACGACUAAAAAAGAAUACAACUACUUGCAGGCGGCGAGGGUGAUAAAAGCUUCUAAAAAUUUACAGCUAAGUUUUGGAUUAAGAUCUGCGGAAGAUAUUCUUAUUGGAGUAUUUACCGAUGAUGAGGGUGGACCUGAAUCAAACUCGGCAGUUUGUGUUUUCACAAUGCAGUUUAUACGUAAAAAAUUGCUGGAAAAUGUUCAGAAAUGCUACAGUGGAGAUGAGACUUUAAGCGGGGGAGGUUACCUUACCAAAAAGCAAUGCCAAAAAGUGGAUCCUUUUUAUCGUGACAAGGAAUAUUUGUGUAACUGUGACCUUGAGUCUAUCGGAAACAUUGUGGGUACCAUCCCGGCAGAGACCAACCCUAUCCUGGAAUAUACAAAUACUUGGUUGACCUCUGUUGCUCUGACGAUGACCUCUGACCAUACAGUGGCCAUUAUUGGUACCGGAGAUGGGUACAUUAAAAAGAUUGUUUUGGAGACGCAUGAGAGGGCACGGGAGUACGACCAGGUUGCGGUAGAUCUCGGUUCUCCAAUCAACCCUGAUUUAGUCAUCUAUGGAAACCAUAUCUUCGCCAUGAGUAAACAAAAGAUUGCUAAACUGAUGUUGAGCAGUUGUGAAAGUCAUGGGACAUGUAGCAGCUGUUUAGCAGACGGCGACCCGUUCUGUGGCUGGUGCGUUCUCGACAACAGAUGCACUCAACAGCAGCAUUGUCGGGUGUCGUCGAGUGACCGCUGGUUGUAUGGACCUCCUGGACAGACUUGUGUUGCUAUCACUGAUGUAUCUCCGAGGACAGUGUCAGUGUCAGCAAGUGCUACACUGUACCUGACAAUAUAUCAGCUACCAGAUGGCAGCAACUAUACAUGUGUGUUUCCUGAGUUGAACAAAACGUCGCCGGCACAGGUCUGGUCUUACGGUGUAUUCUGUGAAGCUCCAGACAUCAGUAGGUCCGGAAUUACAGUAGCAGGUAGCCAGGUGAUGACUAUAGCAUUGAACUCGAGCGAGACUGGCAAACUUUUCCUGGCGCAGAACUUUACCUACUUCAACUGUAGCAGUUUUACAAGCUGUAGCCAAUGUACAAACAACAGUUGGUCAUGUGACUGGUGUAUCUAUGACAACAGAUGUGUACAUGAUUCCAUCAACUUUUGUCAACCAGGAGUUGUCCUCAGUAAAUCGUAUUCAGGCAUUACUCGUAACUCUCAGAGAAUCUCUUCGCGCACUGGAAUGAAGGGGCCGUUACAUUGUCCCCGCAUUGACAGUGAGAGAACGGGAACCAUCUAUGUACCCGAGGGGAUAGAGAAAAAUGUGGUCAUCAGAGGUAUCAACUUCCCACAGCCUGGAAAUUUGAAAUACACGUGUCAUGUACGCGUUGGUGGUAUUGAGUACAAAAGCAAUGGAAGUCUCGGAUAUGACGGCAGUCUUGUUUGUGAACUAAAAACUAUGAUGGUUCCGUCCUCCUAUACAAGUGGUAUAUUUAUGGCACCUAUCCACGUAUACUGGGGUGGUACCUACAGAAUUGAAGAUGUCAAAAACUCAGAAGUGACAAUAUAUCGAUGUGAGGUGCUAGCGAAAGGAGAAUGUGGACUGUGUCACAAUAUAAACCACACAUUACCUCAGUUACAGUGUAACUGGUGUGAUAAAAAUUGCAAAUACCAGUCAUUCUGUCACAGUCUACAGCCAGAGCCCUGUCCUAAACCUCAGAUACAAAUUGUUCACCCACUAUCCGGACCUAUCGGAGGCGGGACAUAUGUUAACAUUUCUGGUAAAGAUCUGGGAUCCAAAUUUGAAGAGGUACAGAAUGCUGUUAGUAUAGCUGGUGUCCGGUGUGCACCAUUACGAGAUAGGUAUCAGCCCUCACAGUGGAUAGUAUGUAGACUGGGUUCAAUUCAGGUGCCAAAACCAGGGGUUGUAACUGUGGCAUUACCAAACAGGCCUGCAGUCAACUUUCACCAGAAGUUCACAUACAAGGAUCCAACUAUCAUGAGCAUCAAGCCGAGUAUUGGGCCCGUGUCGGGCGGCUCCAUGAUUACCAUAUAUGGAGAAAACCUGGAUACUGGCCGGGAGAUCACAGCUUCUAUUGGCAAACAAGAAUGUGUUAUUCUCAGGAAUAUGGUGACAAACAAUAUAGCAUUCUGUGAGACUAAUCCAGUUCUCUCCCCUGAUGAGGUACCACAGUCAUUCAGGAUGUUCUUUGAUGGUUAUGAGGAGAAGAAUAUGAAUGUCAACUUCCAGUUCCUACCUGAUCCUACCGUGGUUAAUAUCAGACCUCUGCAUAGCUAUAUCAGUGGUGGUCGUAGGAUUACAGUAUCAGGGACCAAUCUACACACAAUUCAACAGCCACAUUUAUAUGCUGUGUAUACUGACACUACUGGGGAGGAAAGAUUUACAGAGAAAGAGUCUGUUGUACAGCUAUGUUUUAUCUGUAGUGGUGGUCGUAGGAUUACAGUAUCAGGGACCAAUCUACACACAAUUCAACAGCCACAUUUAUAUGCUGUGUAUACUGACACUACUGGGGAGGAAAGAUUUACAGAGAAAGAGGUCUGCAAAAUAACCAGUCAAAUUGAAAUGGUUUGUCCAAGUCCUCAAAUUUCCAAACGUACAGUACAUGGGAUGUUUCAUCGUACACGGAGAAGCGACCAUUUUGAAGUGGAACUUGGAUUUAUCAUGGACAAUGUGGAGUCAGUGAGGAACCUUUCCAACACAAGUGUUAACAAUAGAAUGCAGUACUAUCCAGAUCCUAUUGUCCAUAAUUUCUCUGAACCAAAUUCCAUAAAAAAGUUCAAGGGAGAAGUUCUUAUUUUUGAGGGCAGAGGUUUAACCUUGGCAGCGACUAAGGAGGACAUUCAAGUAUUUAUUGGCGACAAGAUUUGUAAUGUGACCAAUUUGUCAGAUUCACAGAUAUUCUGUACCCCACCCACUAACCAACCCAAUGGUAGAGAUGAAAAUGGCAAUGAAGAUUCAUCUUAUCCUGUUGUCAAGGUCAAGAUUGGAAACCUUGAAUUCAAAGUAGGGAGACUGGAAUACGAGCGUGUAGCCAUGCUGAAGUUUCCGACGGAGUACAUUAUGGGUAUAGCUGCUGGCGGCGGGUUCAUGUUGCUGAUAAUUCUGCUGAUUCUGAUCAUCUGUCGACGACAAAGUCACAAGGCAGAGAGAAAUUACCGCAAGAUGCAACUUCUGCUCGACAACCUUGAGAGUAAUGUCAGGAAUGAAUGUAAACAAGCUUUUGCAGAGCUUCAAACUGACAUUGUUGACCUGACAACAGACUUAGAAGGCGGAGGAAUACCGUUCUGGGACUAUCAUACUUACACAUUUAAAGUGCUGUUUCCUGGCCUCUCUGAUCAUGUGAUACUCCACCCACCUGUCAUUGAGCAGAAACACAGUAGUGUGGGCUUUACAGAACAUGGAUUGCAACAUUUCUAUCAUCUGCUAAGUCACAAGUACUUCUUAUUGACCUUGAUUAGAACACUGGAACAUCAGAAAACAUUUAGUAUCAGAGACAAAGUGAAUGUGGCAUCGUUAUUAAUGGUGAUCUACCAAGAUAAUCUUGAAUAUGCAACUGAAAUAUUAAAGGCCUUAUUGAAUGAGCUUGUGGAGAAGUCAGUAUUAGGAAAACAUCCAAAAUUGAUGUUGAGAAGAACUGAGUCAGUGGUUGAAAAGAUGUUGACAAACUGGAUGUCUUUAUGCAUGUACAAAUAUUUGAGGGAUCUGGCAGGUUCCAGUCUCUAUGUAUUAUACAGAGCUUUAAAAUUACAUGUAGAGAAGGGACCGGUCGACUGUAUGACUGGAGAUGCGAGGUACACGCUGUCUGAAGAUAAACUUUUGAGGGAUAAGGUGGAAGCGAGACUGCUGACGUUGAACGUGUUUUACGAAGGAGAAGUUACGCAAUGCAAAGUGUUGAACUGUGAUACAAUAACACAAGCAAAGGAGAAAAUUAUAGACCAGCUUUAUAAAAACAUUCCAUUUUCUAACCGACCCUGGGCGUGUGACCUUGAUUUAGAGUGGAAAAAGGGGAGUAUUCCUGUAACUCUGCAAGACGAUGACACCUCGACGCAGAAAUGGGAAGGCUGGAAGAAAAUCAACACGUUACAGCAUUAUCGGGUAUUUGAUGGGUCAGAGUGUGCUCUUGUCCGGAGGUAUCAGACUAUAAAGUCACCAAACGGGUCACUGGACACAUCUGUUGUGUCGGUUAAUUCUUCCAUGCCUAUACUGCGGUCAGAAAGUGAUACCGGAACAAAGUUCUUUCACCUGGUAAAACAUGAUGAUAUACAGACCAAAGAUGGUGGUGUAAAGAUGGUACCGGAGGUCUUUCUUCCACGAUUGCUCGCAACAAAGGGUACGCUGCAAAAGUAUAUAGAUGAUUUAUUUCACACAAUUUUGUCGGUGAAUCCCAUGAUGCCCCCUGUGAUCAAGUACUUGUUCGAUUAUCUCGACGAAGCGGCAUUCAAAUAUGGAAUUCAUGAUCCUGACGUACUUCAUACAUGGAAAUGUAACAGUCUGCCACUGAGAUUUUGGGUGAACAUUAUCAAGAACCCAGACUUUGUGUUUGAUAUCCACAAGCCAUUGAUCGUAGACUCGUGCUUGUCUGUCGUUGCUCAGACAUUUAUGGACAGUUGUUCCACAUCGGAGCACAGACUUGGGAAGGACUCACCAUCAAACAAAUUAUUAUUUGCCAAGGAUAUUCCGAAUUACCGCAAGAUGGUGGACCGUUAUUUUCGUGAGAUACACGAUAUGAAGCCGAUAAGCGACCAGGAUUUGAAUAGUUACCUGAAUGCUGUGUCGAGGGUAUGCCAUGAUAAUUAUUUCAUAAAAGCAGUUUAUCGGAAGGCAUACCCCGGAAAGGUGUACAAAUCAAGUGCAUUGAAGGAACUGUAUACAUAUGUACACAAGUACAGCACUGAGUUGUUGGAAGUUUUGGAACAGGAUCCAGUCAGCAUACGCAUGCAGCUUUCAGCCAAACUAGGUACUGUGAUAACAGCCAUGGAAGGUCCCACACCUGGCAGACAAGCAUUUGUGUGAUAUCACAGAAGUCUGGAAAAAAACAACAAGUAUUUGUGUAAUAUAUAUAUCACACAAAUCUGAAAAUGCAAAUAGUGUGUGAAACAGACCACAAACUAAGCAUUUGUGUGAUACAGAUCACAAAGUUCUGGAACUUGAGCAUUUGAGUGAUACAGAAGACCAGUUUUUUGCAGAAAACAGUUGUGUUAAUACAGAUUUUUUCCAUCAUCUGCAAGACCUUCAUGGAAAGCAAGCAUUUGUGUGUUACAGGUGACCUUUGUCUGAUUGACAGUCAUUUGCAUGAUUCAGAUGAUCAUGUUAGGCAGAUGCUCAUUUGUGUGAUAUGAAAAAUGUACAUAAUUUUCGGCAAAACAAGCAUCUUUGUGAUACAGACUUACAUAACCAUGCAUAGUAACAGUUUUAUACUGUGUGAAAAUUUUAAGUGCGGUACUCUAGAGAAUGAAAAUGUGUCUACUACAGCAUGAAAAAUAUACUCUAGUCCCCCACCCCCCAAUUGCCAAGUGUUUCACAUGACGGUCGUGCUUUAAAUGCACAAACGUAUAACAUGAAAUGUGAUAGUUAUGUAAUUUGAUCCCUUUGAAAACAGAUUAAUGAAACAACUGGUCUGUGCUGUGUGAUUUUUUCCAAGACAUUGGUCAAAGACUUUCUCUCUAAGUUGUACUAAAACAUUGAACACUUUUUGUGUUGAACAUGCAAAUAAAAGGACAAUCAAAGACUGAUACAAAAGGGUAAAAUAUUAUUGUGUUCAUGUCACAGUAGUGUAAGGCAGAUACUAAUAUGUCUGCUGCCAAGUGUUUUGGUCAGAGGUCUAGGAAAAUUUCCAAGUUAGAAACUAUUCAAUCAUGGAAAAAAGAUUUUUAUCAUUUGAUCUGAAAUCAAACUAAUGUUUCCAGAGUAGAAAAAGUGCAAUUAAUUUUAUACUUAUAUUGGUGUAUUUUUACCAGUUAAUUUACAAGUUUGGUUUCAUUUUAUGCAGAAUUAUUUGAAAUUUAAUUUGCUUUAAGCAAUGGAAAAAAAUGCAGACAUGGUUAUUAGGUUGUCAUGUUGCAGGUUAUGUGCUAUACUGUAUAAAAUCUUCACCACAGUAAGGUAUUCUUCUUGUAGUAAGUAAAAUACAUGGAAAGAAGGGUCCAUUAUUAUUUUCAUUUUCAAUACAAUGCUGUUUCAUCUGUAGUAUGAAAUGUAAAAAAGAUGAAAAUUGGAAACACAGUGAUAUUUAUGAUUUUGUCCACACUGAGAACAAUGAGUGGAGCUGUGUAGUUUGCCUUUACAGUGCAACCUCGGAAGAACAAACCAUGUGUCAAACACUGCUUGGAACAUUGGAAUGUGUUUGUUGUCUGGAGUUGUUUUUUUGUUUUUUAUUUAUUUUGGAGACUUUAAUUUACUGAUAUACCAAUAGAAUGGCCUGCCAGUCAAUAGUAAAAAUUAUCACCCAUGGGUCGAAAACAAUCAAGAAGUGUUUUAUGACAUGACAUCAGAAAUAAAUUUUCAUAUAUUUUUCUCCCCCUUUUGGCUUCAGCUCAGAAAAAUUAAGUGUUGAACUAUAGACAAGUCUGUAUCUACAGACCAGCAAUUUAUAUAAGGAAUCAGUAAUAACAUAAUCCAUUACUUAAUAAGAAUUAAAAAUCUGCUCUUGUAGAGUUUACUCUUCUGAGGUUGUACUUUAAGAUGAAUAUAUCUAAUUGGUUUAACUAAUGUGGUUUAAUUGAAUAUUAAUUGUACAAUUCCCUUCAAAGAGAGAGUUUUCACAACCUCAUAUCUCCAUCACUUUCCAAAAGAUCUCUGUAGGACUAAGAUUACAGUAAAACCUGUGAUAAAGAUCACCUCUGAAUAAAGGCCACUACUAUAAAACCUGUUUAUUAAGGCCACUAUUUUCUCUUCCUGUCUAACUCGGUGUAGAUUUACUUGUUUUGAAAGACCAUCAUUCUUCCAACAAAGACCACAUAAUUUCAUUUCCCAGGGGUGAUCUUUAUAUACAGGUCUGACUGUAUUUAUGUUUCAUACUGUAUAUGCACAUCUCACACAGGUUUAUCAUUCUGUGGUUCAAUACUGUAACUCAUAAUUUUUUAUAUAGUGUUUGUGUAGGUAUUAUUUUAGCUGUACGAUACUAUAGUAUACCGUAGUGAAAAAUUUACAUCUGUGAAAUGCUGUUCUUAUUGUCAUGAAAAAAUCAUCAGUAUUAUAUAUCCACACUUGUACACAGACAGGUAGCUACCUUGAAUUGUGGUAUGCCGGGUUAUUUUAUUUCAAAUAAGGCAUCAGCUAAUAAAGAUAUCAUAUUUUAACUUUGAAUAUACCAGUUUUCACAAUGUUUUUUUUUUUCAACCAGAUUUACUGUACAAAAGAAGCUACAUUUUCAUUUUUUAGCAGGAGGUUAUGUGUUUUAUGUUCCAUGAAAAAGAGAGAAACUGGUUAAUGACAGGCCAAAGAGAAUUCCUUGUUGGAGUUUUGGUCUUAAAACUCAUUUUAGGAAAAACAGACAUGUCAUUUUUUGAAGUUAGCCUUUAUAAGGUGUUGAUUGAUAUAAACAUGUGUUCAUUUAAAAAACCAAAGUUUUUUGUAUGUAUUAUUGAUUUUUUUUUAUAUGUGUUUUACUGAACUGUGUUAAGUAUGUGUUUAAGUAUUUAUAGUAUUUUCAGGCUGUUUUAAAAUACACUUAGUAAACAAUGUGUACUUAUUGAUAGCUUGCUUACUGAACUCUUUUUUAAAUAAGGGCAUUCCUUUCUGUUUCUUACUUAUACAGCCAGUGUGUUUCUUGAAUAUAUAAUGUUUUAUGGAUUUAAUUUGAUACUGUAAGAUUGUCUAUAAAAUUUAACAUAAAUGUCGCCUAAAAUAUUUGCAAAAUGCAACCUUGAAAAUUUUGCAAAACAUACUUUUGGGGAAAUUUUACACAAACAAUAUUUGUUCUAGUGUUUGUAAAUUCAAAAGUUAGGACUAGUGGUAAUGUACAUUAGACUUUAGUAAGGCUUUAAAUGAAAAACUGUUUGUUUUUGGUUACUGGAUCUCCCCCAGAUACUGUUGUGGAUCAUGUAAGAUCUCCCUGCCACACUACUGUUUUCACUGUUUUGUUGAAUCACUGAUAAGCCUGUUACACCCAAGCAUCUGUAUGGUACAUAGACACAUGUACUGAAGUUAGAAGGACAGAUUUUAGAUUAUAAAAUAGUCCUUUCAGGCUGUGAUUGAUACAUUUUUAAACUGGUAUACAGUCUUAGUAAUGCAGAUAAAAAAAACAACAUUUUUCUAUCAGGUGAACUUUUCCUUUUGGACUUGCGUUAUUAAAAAACAUGGUUUGUUGACUAAAGUAUCUAAUCAGAAACAAAUAGUUUGUUUUUUAAGCCUAAUGACAGUGCUAAAUAGAGAUUCGCUAUGCAGAAAUAAGAAAAUGUUGAAUAAUUGUAGGGUUAUAAUUGUAAUGCAGAGACUGUUAAAAGUACACAUGCUGCUUUCUGUGGAAUAAUGACUACCGUAUAUUCCCUAGUUAAUACCCUAGCUUUAAUAAAGGAACAUAAUGUUUUCUUUUUAAAAAGAAGUAUUUUUUUAAAGUUAAUUGUAAGUGGAUACCAGCACUAUGGUAAUGCUAUAGUUGCUAAAAUUCAUUCAUUAGAAGUUAGAUUUAUAAUUCAUAUAUACUAAAAAUGUUAUAGGGCCUUAUAAAUGCCCCAUUGGGCACAUUAAAAAGGGAAUAUAUGUGUGUCAUUAAUAUUUAAUUUCUGUGCUGUAUUGAUUCCAUGUAAAUAUUUGU